AUGUCCUACUACGACCCUUAUCAAGGCAUACCUCAGCAGUAUAUGGCCCAGCCUUACUACCCGCAAUACUACCAGCAGAACCCAGAGGAUCAAUUGAUCCUUGAAGGUAACAUGCCUCCUUCGCUCGACACCAGGCAAAACUCGUUCGAGCAGUACCCUCAGUACCAGAACGAUGCCUCCUUCGGGUUUCAAGACGACGUUUCCUCUACUGUCGGUACUGGGAACGAGUUUUACAAUGAAGACGGUGUGUUCAUCAACGGCAACACGGGCGCCCCAGGGCAAUCCUCCAUGCCUCAGGUUAACCAAGGUAUGGUAAACCAAAACCAAUCCCAAUACGCUCAAAUGAACAAUGGUGCUAACCAUCAAGGCGCCAAUAUGCCACCAGUCUCAAACAUGCAAUCGCAAACCCAAUCCCACCAAGGUGAAAUGGUCUACGGUCAGAACAGUGGGCCUGCUAACUCCAAUGCGGCUCCUUCUAGAACUGUGUACUUGGGCAAUAUUCCUUCUGAUAUCCAACCAAAUGAAUUGUUGGAUUACGUCAGAUCGGGUAUUUUGGAAAGUGUCAAGAUUUUGCCUGCCAAGAACUGUGCUUUCAUUUCCUUCAUAGACCAUCAAUCAGCUUUGUUAUUCCAUUCUGAUUGUAUCUUGAAAAAGUUAAGUAUCAAGGGUCAUGACAUCAGAAUUGGCUGGGGUAAGAAUAGUCCAAUUUUGCCUGCUGUUUUGGAAUCUAUUCAAAGGGAUGGAGCCACUAGAAACGUUUACUUGGGUAAUUUGAACAACCCAGUCAAUGGAGAAAUUAUAACUGAACAAGAAUUGAGAGAAGACUUGUCUUGUUAUGGUGUAAUUGACUGUAUCAAAAUCAUUCCAGAAAAAGGUAUUGCAUUUAUUCAUUUCUUAUCUAUAUUGAGUGCUAUCAGAUGUGUUGCUAAUUUGCCAUUGAAAGAAAAGUAUUUGGAUAAGAAAUGCUUUUACGGAAAAGAUAGAUGUGCAUUUAUCACAAAGACCCAGCAACACAAUGCUGCACAAUAUUUAGGAUUGGCUCCAGGGAUGGAACACAUCGUUACUGCUGCCGACCGGGAAUUUAUUUCUUCUGCAUUAGUUCAACAAUCUGCUGCUGCUGCUCAAAUUGCCACUCAAGCUGGUGGAGCCAACAAUUUAGGUAACAGAACCGUUUAUUUGGGAAACUUACAUCAAGACUCUUCUGUCGAAGAGAUUUGUAACGUUGUCAGAGGUGGUUUGUUACAAAGUAUUAGAUUCUUGAAGGAGAGACAUGUUUGUUUCAUCACCUUCAUUGAUCCCAUUGCUGCUGCUCAAUUCUUUGCUAUGUGUCAAUUACAUGGUUUGACCAUUCACAACCGUAGAAUCAAGGUUGGAUGGGGUAAGCAUUCCGGUCCAUUGUCUAACGCUUUGUCGUUAGCUGUUUCCAAUGGUGCUUCUAGAAACAUUUAUAUUGGAAACAUCAUUGAUUUUGAUUACUACAAUCCUCAAAAGUUGAGAGAAGAUUUCUCCAAAUUUGGUGAUAUCGAACAAAUCAACUACUUGGAAGAAAAGAAUUGUGCCUUCAUCAACUUUGUCAACAUUGCCAAUGCUAUCAAGGCUAUCGAUGGAAUCAAAUCUUUCAAUGAUUACAAGAAUUUAAAGAUCAACUUUGGUAAGGACAGAUGUGGUAACUUACCAAGACAAUUCCAAAGUCAAAAUGCUCAAGUUGGGUUCAAUGGACUUGAAAACGUCUCCAAUCCAUCAUUUUCCGAUAAUGAAUUUAUGAAUGAAGAGCCACACCAACAACACCUCCAGAACCUUCACCAUCAUCAACAGCAACAUCAUCACCAACAACAGCAACAAAACCAGCAACAGCAAUAG